GCGGACUGAGUAAAAUUGACGCUACUUACAGUCCGCUCACAUGAUUGGCUUGCUUUCGGUGUACUGUAUUUUCUUUCUCACUACUUCUGUAGCUCCACUAUUUACCGAUCAAAAUUUAAAAUACAAUCUAAAAAUCAAGGGGACAGCUGUUUUAGAUGAAUUGAAUAGUGCAGCGUUAAAUGUAUUUUCAAAGUCUGGCCAGAAAUUUUCUUGCUCUUGGUCCAGUGAAAAUCACAGCACAAGUGCAAAUACAACUCUGAAUUUAUCAAACAGUGUUGUAUUUUCUCUACUUCCGUCACUCAAUGAGUCCGACUGUCUAGCAUUGACAAAAGGCUGGUGGACUUAUGAAUUUUGUUUCCGCAAGCAUGUUGUUCAAUACCACGAAGGAUCGAGAAAGUCUUCUGAGACACUUCUCGGUGUGUACGAACGUGAUUAUGAUUGGGAUAACUCUUCACAGAAUGAAAACAAGCCGAAAUAUCACAGCCAGUUUUAUGUAAAUGGUAGUGUUUGUGACUUAACCGGCAGACAUCGAAAAUCGGAGGUGCAGUUUUUGUGCGCUGAUACAAACAAUUUUCAUAUUAUUUCGGUGGAUGAACCUGAAACAUGUGUGUAUUUGUUAAAAAUAUCAUCUCCAUCUUUGUGCACCAAUGAACAAUUCACUUUAGAAGCUCCUGUCAAAACACAGGAUAUUAUGUGUCAUCCUGCUCUGAGUGAAUCUGAUUAUCGUAGCUACCAAGCCUCAAUAAAAUCAACGAAUUCAAAUAUUCAGUCACCCUUGGUUGAAAGUCCAAAAUAUGCUCCAAGAUCUCUGAAGCGUAAUUUCACUUACAAAAAUAUGCAUGAUAAAAUUCUUCACAAUCGCCAAAGAAGUCAGUUAAAUUCGUUUAGACGUUCAGUAGGACAAUUCUGUAGAGGUUUAAAAACAUUUUCAACUCUAUACAAAAGACAAAGAUCAAAAACUGUUGGUUCUCAUCGUAGUGCCUUAUUCCACUCGAAUCCAGUAAAUACCUAUGACAUUUUGUCUCUUUUAAUUCAAAUUAGUGACAAUUUCGCAAAUUUCACUACUUUCCUUGUGUCACAAGUUGAUAUUCCUUCUACUAUCCCCAUGGAUUCUCUCAGAGUCAUGAUCAUUAUGUUCAAGAGUCUUUACGCGGAAGUGGAAGGUUACUAUCAAGUAAUUAAUCAGACUGUGACACCUGAUCAAGCGAUUGGAUUACUAUAUGCUUUUAAUUUAACUGAUAUUUAUCAAUCGGGGAAUCAUAUAUGGGAUACAGUGUCCAAAUAUUCAGAUCCUAAUACUGCACAGCAACUGUUAUCCAUUGUGAUACGUGCAUACAAAAAAUACGAAAUAGACAUUCCAAACGUUGAAGAUAUACCUUUAUCCAAAUUAUUACAUAAUAACACUAACAAUUCUCAUCUCAAGGAGAAGUUCGAUUUUAAAUUUCUAAACAAUCGGGUCAGUGAAAAGUUAUCAAAGCAAUCAGGUUAUGAACAGUACUCAAAAUUAUUUCCGUUAGUGGAUACUGUUAAAGAAAUUACCAGUCUGUUUUUGGCUCUUUUAAAAUUGCGUGUUCAACAAUUUAUGAAGGUGUAUAUUGAAUUAGAAAUCAAUAAUAUUAUUGAAGUACAAUUGGAACAAACUCUUGUCAAUGUGUUGACUAAUUCAAAGGUGAAAGUGAUUGCCGUCCGAGGAGGCGAUAGCGCUGUAAAGCGUAAAAUGAAGCCUACUGCUGGUAUGGCUACCACUAAAAAUCGAUUGAAAUACAGUCGUUCAGAAUCACUCGUUGGACAACAGGAAAUUAUGGAGAUGAUACAAAAAAUUGUUACAAAUUUAGGUCCAGAAACAUCAGACGAAUUUGAUAUAUUCGAAACUUCAGAUAAUCAAGCAGGAGUAUCAACGUUUUUUAUCAUGCCUGGUGGACCAAAGAAGAAAGAAGAAAAGCGUGUACGAGAGCUGGAGAAAAACUAUCAAUUCACUUUCUCGCAGGGGAACAACGGAAAUGAUUAG